AUGGCUGAUUCUGCUGCGGAUGACUUGGAGAAGCCUCCGAAGGACUUGCGAAAAGUCCUGGCCGAGAUGCGUACCGAGGAGGCUCUGAUCAGCAGCACUACCAAGAUGGUGGAGGGCUUGUUAAGGGACGGCUUCAUGAACGUGGGCUUGGAGAUUGGGGCCAAGAUUGAGGACACCAAUGAAGUUCCCUGGGUUGUCAUCGACGCUGCUGUCAUCGAGUACUACAUCAAUGCUGUCGGGGACAGGACCAAGGAUGCUCUCAGAGUGUUCAAGCACAUCUCAUUUUCUGGGGUGGAACCAAAUGCCUACACGUAUGGCAUUGUCAUCAAGGCUCUUGCUGCUGCAGACCUUAAGAAGAACCCCGAUUUUGUUGGUUAUGCGAAGAAGUACUUAGUGGAGAUGUUGGAGAGGGGAAUGCAGCCGAAUGAGGAGACUUAUGAGGCUGUGUUGGAUGGCAUUGGCCGUGGUGAGAACAAGGCCGAGGCUGAGGAGGAGCGCAGGGAGUUUGUGGAGAAUAUGAAAGCAAAGGGGUUUGUGUUGGUGCUCCGUGCUCCAGAAGGAGGCUGUGGAGAUGGCUGGACCUUCAAUCUUGAAAAGUGA